AGUACGCAUUCUAUUACCGAUAAAACAUUUUUCACUAGGAAGCUUAGAAACAAAAAGCAACUCGGUCAUGAAAGGAUCAAAGCUGUCGGCCCUGUCGUUAUGUGAAUAUCGAAUACAUUUCUCUGAGAUCUCGAGGAAGCAAACGAACGGUCGAAUCUUUCGAAGUGCUUGCAAGAAUCGAUUUUAAUAAUAUUGGGAAACGAAAAUGUAUAAAAUACAAUUUAGUCUUUUGUGUAAAAGAUUAGAUUAUUGGUCGUCGAAUCUUUCGAAGCCGAUGAAUACAUUUCCCGACGAAUACUGAACGCUUCGUGAUGACCGGCUGUAUCUACACGACCAUAUGUUGCAGAAACGAUAUUUUUUUAUCUUGCAUGUGUUUUCGAGAAGACUCGAAGUUGUAUGUAGAACGUUUUGUGAAUACGGAAUAUGGUAUACCUUUUUUAGCAACAAGAAUUUGAUUCUUGAACGUGAUCUGCGAACGCUCGCGCUCACGAUUUUGUACUUUUCGACGACGAAGGUCGAGCGAUCUAAGAAUGACUAGUUUAUCAGAAAAAUGCACAAGCGAUAUCGCGAUAUAAUUGUGACAUAAUCUUUUGAGUUUCAAGUUUAGAAGUAAAUAUCAAUUGAAUGUGACAGAUUAAACGCGCGUGUUAGUGAUUUAGAUAUGCCGUAUUCGUACAUUUAGGUAAAGUGAAAUGCACGCUAGAAACUAAAUCGCAAAUCUUUCGUUAUUCGAAAAUCAGCAGUACAAUACGACCCCCCUCCAAUUUUAUGUGACUCAAUUGAUUUUCUGUAUUCUUAGUUAAGUCGCGUUAUUUAAUUUGCAGUGAUGAUGUUCGACGUAUUUUUCAUAAGCAAUUAUUUUAUAAUAUUGUGUAUGUAUUGUCAUAUGCAUAAUAAUAAUCGUAUUAUGUAUGCUGUAGUGACGUUGAUAACUUCUUAGCGUCGUCGGGCACUCGAUUCUUUUUCGAUCGACAUCUUUUCGAAGUUUGCUGUUGCCCUUUCGUGAAACUUUAAUUAUGGGUGAUUUAUACGCUACGAAAUAAAGGGUUUUGUAAAUUCAUACUUACAACGACGUAUUUAAUUUCUAGAAAUUUUUUUUUCGCAUAACAAAUUCGCACCCGCGCGCACGAAGCUGUUUCCAGUUCAUUUCUGUAUGCGAAACCGUAAGCGUCCAAAACCAUAUUUGUAAUGAGUUGAUUAUUUCAGAUGGAGAAACAGUUUAUACCAAAUUUUUUCAUUUUACAUGUUAACUAAAUUAUCUUCUCAUCUCUUGACUGUCAGUUUAUGUAAUCGCAAAUAACGUAAAUUAACUGCUUAGAAACUUAUUGCUUAAAAUAUUUGUUUGACUGUGUCACCGUAUAACUUUGCGUGACACAAUUCUUAUAAUUUUAUCUUGUAUUUUAUUCUGUUCGAUAAAAUUUGAACUCUAGACAAUUUCAGAGCUAUAGAUAAAGCGCACGGACCAAAAGAUGGGAUUAACCUUUCCAUCUCGCGAUUAUACAAGAUUGAGAUAAUGUUGAAAGUAAGAGAAUGCAUCAAACGAACUUCUCUAUAUUGGACAAUGAGCCAAUUAACGAGGCGCACGAUAGCAAUGUAAAGGUCUUCGUGCGAAUUUUACCGCUCGAGAAACCGUGCGAAUCUUGUGCAAAGAUCAGUAAGGACGAUAAGAUGAUAUACGUGAGAUGUUUACAAGAUAUGCGUAGAGAUGCACAGUCAACGUGUCCCGUUUAUUGGGCCUUCCACGUUGACGGGAUAUUUCACGAGACGUCCCAGGAUAAAGUGUAUUGCACUACUGCGAAAGACCUCGUAAAAAAGUACUGAUUGAUAUUUAAAAACAGUGAUGGCAAUAUUCCACUCUACGGUAUAAUUAAUUAACUUGAAAUGCUGUUUACUAAGUUGAAAACGGUAUUGAGGGUCUUUUUCUAAAUUAAUAAUUUAAUUAAGCGUCCGUCAUAUGUGGCGAAAUAUUAAUUUUAUUAUAUUGUUAUAUUGAUAAUAUGUGCAGAGGAUAGAAUAAUAAGAGUUUAUUAAGUUCAGCAUUGAAAAUAACGAAGGAGAUUUAAAAAUAUCUUUUCAUCGUAAUCGAAACAUUUUAAGUUAAUGAUUUGCACGAUUCUGUGUCUUGCUAAAAAGUGUAUAAUUAUAUUGUCGAUAACAAUGGGUAAUUAGCGAUACUUGACUGCUAUCGCUGAUAUGAUAUGGAACAUUAUGCGACAUAAAAAGAACAAGACAUAUACAACAAGGAAACAAUUUAAAGAGUUUUAGAUGGCGUAAAUUGCGUACUGAUCGGCUACGGGCAAACCGGAUCCGGAAAGAGUUUCACGAUCGGCGGCUACAAAAAUAAUUGGGAAGUACGCUUCCAUAUCUCGCAUCAUCUUAUUCGCACUUAACAGUUUAAUCAAUUAUUUAUUAUUUGAUUGCUUCACUCGUUGACUUAGCAUAGAGGGAUAGUCCCGCGACUCUUAUCCGAUAUGUUUACGGAGAAGGCGAAUCGAAGAAAAAUCAGUGAUAUACGCUAUCGUCUAAGCUUCAUCGAGCUGAGUGGUAAAAAUGUAAUCGAUCUCCUCACGCAAAAACGGAGAACCGUUAACGUCAACGAGCGUAGUGU